AUGGACAUGUUGGAUCGCCGACAAUGUAAUCUUCAAUCGAUACCGCAUGAUAUCGAUCGGAAUGCUCGAACACUGGAAGAAAUGUAUUUGGAUUGCAAUCACAUCAAAGAUCUCGACAAGCCAUUAUUUCGAUGCCGAAAAUUGAAAAUUCUAAGCUUGAGUGAAAAUGAAGUUAUUCGUUUACCCUCGGACAUUGCUCACCUUACUUAUUUGGAGGAGCUCAAUCUGAAAGGAAACGAUGUUUCUGAUCUUCCGGAAGAAAUAAAAAAUUGUAUUCAGUUGAAGAUUCUUGAUCUUAGCUCGAAUCCUAUCACAAGGCUACCACCAACAAUAACUCAACUAACAUCAAUGACAAGCCUUGGCUUAAAUGACAUUUCACUGACUCAAAUGCCUCAUGAUAUUGGCCAGCUGCGGAAUCUGCGAUCCCUGGAAGUUCGUGAAAAUUUAUUGCGAACAAUACCUCCAUCGAUUAGUCAAUUAAACCAGUUACGAAGGCUAGACCUUGGACAUAAUGAACUUGAUGAUUUGCCAAACGAAAUAGGUAUGUUGGAGAAUUUGGAAGAAUUAUAUGUGGAUCAGAAUGAUUUGGAAGCUCUUCCCGAAUCGAUUGUUCAGUGCCGUUCAUUAGAACAAUUAGAUGUUUCCGAAAAUAAGUUAAUGGUGUUACCGGAUGAGAUUGGAGAUUUGGAAAAGCUAGACGAUCUUACUAUUGCUCAGAAUUGUCUUCAAGUGCUGCCAAGACGCUUGAAAAGACUGUCUAUGUUGAAAGCAGAUCGUAACGCAAUUACGCAAUUAACACCUGCAAUUGGUAGCUGUCAUGCACUAACAGAAAUCUAUUUAACUGAGAAUUUGCUCACAGAAAUUCCUAGUUCAGUGGGUAAUUUGAAAAACUUGCGGACACUCAAUUUGGAUAAGAAUCAAUUAAAGGAACUCCCUCCUACGAUUGGUGGUUGUACCUCGUUGUCAGUUCUUUCGCUUCGUGAUAAUUUAAUAGAGCAACUUCCACUUGAAAUUGGACGACUUGAAAACUUGCGAGUAUUGGAUGUUUGCAACAAUCGUCUGAAUUAUUUACCGUUUACAGUAAAUGUUCUUUUCAAGUUAAGAGCUUUGUGGCUGUCUGAGAAUCAGUCGCAAGCAAUGUUGAAAUUGCAAACGGAGCAAGAUCCAAGGACAGGAAUCAAAGUUCUAACAUGUUAUCUCUUGCCACAAAGCAAUUCGCAACACGUAGAACGUGCUCCACCAAACCGUUCGUUUAUCGGUGGUCCCAAAGUACACUUUGGUAGCGAUCUGGAAGAAACGCAUGAAGAUGAUGAGAAUGAAAUAGGGCAGUUUUCACGACACGAUACUCCUCAUCCAAAGCCGCACUCCCACACAGCGAAGUUCAAAAAGCAGUCCAUUGAUGGUCAUAUAAUUCAUCAUGAUGAUGAUCAGUCCGCAAAACCACCGAUAUUGACGUUGAAUUCUGGCCGAAAGCGUGGUCCUGAUGAAGGUUCACCUCGUCCAAUGUCUCCAACUGCACCAACAGCUACUCAAAUUGCUUCACUUCGAAGUGCAUUGAAGCAUCCGCCUGUACUACCAUCAGCUGCUAAUUUUGAACACAAUAUUGAACGCAUAAUAGAUCAAAAGCAAAAGUUAUCACCAGGUGUUGAAAUAUUAAAUAUAAAAAUUCAUCGUGACGCAAAUGGAGGCCUUGGCUUGUCCAUUGCUGGUGGUUUAGAAUCAACACCUUAUAAGGAUGACGACACCGGUUUAUUCGUCUCGAAACUUACUGAUGGUGGUCCGGCGAUGACUGCGGGAUUACGCGUUGGCGAUAAAUUGCUUCGUGUUAAUAAAACAGAUGUUGUCAAUGUACGGCAUCAGGUAGCGGUAACAUCAAUGCAGGAUGCUCGAGAUGUAGAAUUAACGAUUUUACGUGAUUCGCGUGAAAUGCCGUCUUCCUAUAUUGCUUUCUGUGGCUACAGUACAUCUCCAAAUCAGAGUAUUGAUAACUCAUUUGUUUCGGAGUCAGUCGAAGCGUCAUCAUCUAUGACAAAGGAGACGAUUUCAACAACGAUUCGCCGGGAUAUAAAUGGUUCUCCGGGAUUCAGUGUUGCAGGUGGUACAGGUGAUGUACUCGUUAUAUCAUCGAUUGCUUCUGGAGGGGCAGCUGAAAGGGAUGGAAAGUUGCGUGUUGGUGAUCGCGUACUUUCGAUAAAUGGCACAAACAUGAGAGGUGCACGACAUGACCAAGCAGUGGCAUUACUUACUGGACAUAGUGGAAGUGAUAUUUAUUUGGUGGUGCAGAGAGAUCAUGCAAAUCAAAAUGCUGCUAUAACUACUUCUUCACCUAGUUUAUCGUCAACAAAAACACACACUGUUGAACGGACACCACCGCUAAAGAAACAUGGUUUCGGUGAUCCUUCUUGGGAUGGCAAAACUGAGGAAGUAGAACUUGUACGCGACAACCAUUCAUUGGGCUUAUCGAUUGUUGGUGGCAGUGAUCAUUCUUCGCAUCCGUUUGGCAUCAACUCACCUGGCGUAUUUAUUUCAAAAAUAACAUUAAAUUCACCUGCAGGUCGUUCACAGAGAUUGCGCAUUGGAGACAGAAUAUUAUCGGUGAACAAUAUAAAUAUCCGUACAGCGAAGCAUCAAACAGCAGUUGAGGCUUUGAAGCAAAGUGAUAGGACAGUGCGUCUGUUAGUCAUUCAUGAGCCACAGCCACCAGGCUUGAGGCAGGUAACAAUCAAGCGAAAUGUUGGUGAAGCACUAGGAUUAAAUAUCUGUGGUGGUAUUGGUAGUCCACCCGCAAAUCCUCUUGAUAAAUCCGAUGAAGGCAUCUUUAUCGAGAAGGUGGAACGAAGUGGUCCUGCAGCUGCAUCAUCGUUAACGGUAGGAACUCGUAUUCUGGAGGUUAAUGAUGAGUCUCUCCUAGGAUGUUCACAGGAAGAGGCAGCUCGUGUGUUACGUCAGUCUGGCACUACCGUGCGGCUCUUAGUAUGUGAUGCGUUCUGUGCUGCUGUGUCUUCCUCAUUCAUGGGUCAAGCCAGUAAUGAUACGCGAGUUGUGGCCGGUGAACGUCAAGCAACUAUUUCCAGCACUCUUUUAAACGCCGAUAUUCAGGGAUCAUUAAGCGGUUCCUCAUUACAACCAUUCAAAUCACCUUCAUCGCCGGAUCCUGGAACUUCCGAAACAAUCAGAACUCUGACUUCAAUUUCAACUGAUAGCCCCUUAGCUGCUUCUUCUCCAAUUCCGCCUGUUUCUGCAUCUUCUGUUGUGGCACCUUUAUCAACGUCAAGCUUAUCGCAGCCUUUGUCUCCAUUUUCAUCAGCGAAUACUACCACAUUUUCUGCUUCAAGCCUUCGUCCUGCAGUACCUCCUCCGAUUGCCCCAAAGCCGAGAAUCAUUCCAAAUCAGAAUGGGAAUGCAGUUGGUGCAUCUUCACCGCUCACUUCUUUUGAUGAACAAUUUGAAAAGCAAAAAGAACGCAUAGUUUCGUCAGUGCAGUCCUCAUCUCCAUCCACGUCGUCUUGGUCAUCGACUCCGAAUCCCGAACGGUUGGCGUUUUCGUCGAAAUUAGAGAAAUUCGAACGCGAAAUUGAAAUUAAAAGGCCAGACGCUAAUUCCACGACAAAAUCCACCCUUCCUCCUGCGAAGAAACCAUUGUUAAAUGAAGAUGAAAUUCAAAAGAUGAAAGAAGAAGAAACGAGAAAAGUAGCAAGCGGAUCGGCACGAAUAUCCGUUAGUCCCACUAAUGAUGAACUCGAUCGUUCAUUCGAGCAUAUUCUCAAUAACAGUGCGGUGCCUCGCACAAUGCCAGCUGUAAUACGUACAAAAAAAGCUGAAAAUCGUUUGGCAGCAUGUUCUCCAUCCCAGAUUAUGAGCGGUGAACCACUAAAUUCGGUUGAGCAACGAGCUAUGGAACAUCAAAAGCGUCAGGAAUGGCGACAAGCUAGGUUUAAAUCUUUGGAAGCUGACUCGAAAGCAGCGGAAGAAGUUAUGCAAAAAGUUGAGCAGAUUAAUAGUAGGCUGGCAAAUAUAACAGAAGAACACAGCAACUUUCCUCCGCCGAUAAAUGAGAAAAUUUUGCAAAAUGAAACAUCAUUUGAACGAAAUGAGUAUGUCGAUCCAAUUACUGGUGCUACCACUAUUUCACUUGUUGAAAAAAGUAUUACUCAAAGAGAGGUGAACUGA